AUGAAAAUAGCUUAGAUUUUUCAACACUUUGAAUAGUUAAGUGAGAUUAGAAUUAAAUAUGUAGACAUUAUUUUAUAUUUAGAUGGAUUCCAUCUAAUUUUAAAAUCAAUUAAGAGUCCUUUUAAUAAAAAUUAAAUAGAAUAAGAUCAGGUUAGAUUUACAAUUUAAGAGAUGAAAAAGAUAAAGCUAUUAUAGUUAGUAAGCUUAAUACUUAAAAUUUAACUUUAGGGAGUUUAAUUAUGAUAAUGGUUUACAAUGAAGAUAUGAGGCCAUAAUAUUAUAAAUAAUUUGAUUAAAUCCUUCGUCUUGGUCAUCUUGAUUUUACUAAUUAAAUGAAGUAUGAUAGAAGAGCAGAAAGUGGAGAAGGUAGAUCAUCUGCAAGAGAAACCAAUUUAAGAAUUUGUGCAGAAGUUAUAGCUUAAUAAUUUCUAAAUUAAAUGAAUAUCUCUCUUUCGCCAUUGGUUUUAUCUGUAUGA